AUGGCACAAGUCCUCCCUAGCCUGGAGCCGGAGCCCACGGGGCAGCCCACGCAUUUUCUGGAGCAGGUUAAAAAGGAGUGUCAUUUCUCCAAUGGGACAGAGCGGGUGCGGUUCCUGGUCAGAUUGAUCUACAACGGGCAGGAGUAUGUGCACUUCGACAGCAACGUAGAGGAGUACCGCGCUGUGACCGAGCUGGGGCGGCCAGACGCUGAGCACUGGAACAGCCAGAAGGAUGAACUGGAGCGGGCACGGGCCGCGGUGGACAGAUACUGCAGACACAACUACUGGGUGUCUGAGGGAUUCCUGGUGGAGCGGAAAA